GUCGGGGAGCGCCAGCGGGUUGGGGCCUCCGCUGAGCCGGAGCCUGAGCCCCUGGCUUUUCCGCUGAGCUGCGGCGAGAGCACGCUCUGGAGCUCGGCGGACCGGCCUCCCAGGAGCCAUGGAUUCGGAGGGGCUGAAGACUUUGAUUAAUUACUAUUGUCAAGAGAGAUAUUUCCAUCAUGUGCUACUUGUUGCCAGUGAAGGAAUUAGAAGAUAUGGCAGCGACCCAGUCUUCAGGUUUUAUCAUGCCUAUGCCGUAUUAAUGGAAGGUAAAACUCAAGAAGCUCUUCGAGAACUUGAGGCUAUUAAAAAUAAACAAGAAGUAUCACUUUGUUCUCUGAUUGCUCUGAUCCAUGCUCAUAAAAUGAGUCCUAAUCCAGAUAGAGAAGCUAUUCUGGAAUCAGAUGCCCGAAUGAAGGAGCAGCGUAAAGGAGCUGGUCUGAAAGCCUUAUAUCAUGCAGGCUUGUUUUUAUGGCACAUUGGUCGCCACGAUAAGGCAAGAGAAUAUGUUGACAGAGUGAUAAAAAUAUCAGAGGGUAAUAAAGAGGGACAGGUUUUGAGAGCAUGGCUUGAUAUUACAAGAGGGAAAGAAUCAUCUUACACUAAAAAGGCACUAAGGUACUUUGAAGAAGGAUUGCAAGAUGGAAAUGAUAUUUUUGCUCUUCUGGGUAAGGCACAAUGUCUUGAGAUGCGUCAAAAUUAUUCAGCUGCCCUGGAUACUGUGAACCAAAUUAUUGUAAACUUUCCAAGCUUUCUUCCUGCUUUUGUAAAGAAAAUGAAAUUACAACUGGCCUUGCAAGAUUGGGACCAGACAGUUGAGACAGCACAAAGGUUACUGCUCCAGGAUCAUCAAAAUGUCGAAGCACUAAGAAUGCUGGCUCUUUACUAUUUGUGUAGAGAGGGGGAUAUAGAGAAGGCCACCUCCAAGCUAGAACUCCUCAGAAAUGCUUUGGAUGCCAUGGAACCACAGAAUGCUCAACUUUUCUGUAAAGUGACCUUAGCCUUCACCAGAACUUGUGGACGUAGUCAACUCAUUCUUCAGAAAGUUCAGACAUUACUAGAAAGAGCUUUUAGUUUAGCCCCUCAGCAAUCAGAAUUUGCUGCAGAACUUGGAUACCAAAUGAUUUUACAAGGAAAAGUUAAAGAGGCAAUGAAGUGGUAUAAAAUUGCCAUGACACUUGAUGAGACUAGUGUCUCUGCACUAAUUGGAUUUAUCCGAUGUCAAUUAAUAGAAGAACAAUUACAGGAUGUAGAUCACCAGCUAGAAUUUCUUAGUGAAAUUCAGCAGUCCAUUGGAAAAUCUGCGGAAUUAAUCUAUUUGCAUGCAGUUUUUGCUAUGAAGAAAAAUAAGCCAGAAGAUGAAGUUCUUCACUUGUUGAAUGAUGUCUUAGAUACUCAUUUUUCACACUUGGAAGACUUACCUUUUGGUAUACAGUAUUUUGAGAAUCUAAAUCCUGAUUUCUUACUAGAAAUUAUCACAGAAUAUCUGAAUUUCUGUCCAAUGCAGCCAGCAAGUCCUGGACAGCCUCUUUCAUCACUUCUCAGGCGGUGUACCUCAACCUUGGAGACAAUAGUAAGAACUGUGCCAGGUCUUUCACAGGCUAUCUUCCUAAUAGCGAAAGUGAAAUAUUUGUCAGGUGAUAUUGAAGCAGCUUAUAAUAACCUGCAGCAUUGCCUUGAACACAAUCCUUCUUAUGCAGAUGCUAAUCUCCUGAUGGCUCAAGUGUAUUUAUCUCAAGGAAAAUUCAAAUUGUGUUCUCAGUCUCUUGAACUUUGUCUGAGCUAUAAUUUCAAGGUGAGAGAAUCUCCUUUGUAUCAUUUGAUAAAAGCUCAGUCACAAAAGAAAAUGGGAGAAAUAGCAGAAGCAAUUAAAACUCUUCAUAUGGCAAUGAGUUUACCAGGAAUGAAGAGAAUUGGAACUUCUUCAAAAUCGAAAUACAGGAAAACUGAAGUCGAUACAAAUCAUCGUUUAUCUAUCUUUCUUGAGUUGGUAGAGGUUCACCGCUUAAAUGGGGAACAGCAUGAGGCAGCAAAAGUUUUACAAGAUGCUAUCCAUGAGUUCUCUGGAACAUCUGAAGAACUGCGAGUUACCAUUGCCAAUGCAGACCUCGCUCUGGCCCAGGGAGAUACUGAGCGGGCCUUAAACAUGCUUCGAAAUGUUACAGUCGAACAGCCUUAUUAUAUAGAAGCCAAAGAAAAAAUGGCAGAUAUUUAUUUGAAGCACAGAAAAGAGAAAAUGUUGUAUAUCACUUGUUACAGAGAAAUUGCCGAAAGAAUACCCAACCCACGAUCUUUUCUUCUCCUUGGUGAUGCAUACAUGAAUAUUCAAGAGCCUGAAGAAGCCAUAGUAGCGUAUGAGCAAGCAUUAAAUCAGAACCCAAAAGAUGGAACAUUGGCAAGCAAAAUUGGAAAAGCACUUGUCAAAACUCACAAUUAUUCAAAGGCAAUCAAUUAUUAUGAAGCUGCUCUGAAAGGUGGACAACAGAAUUAUCUUUGCUAUGAUCUGGCUGAGCUCUUGAUAAAACUGAAAUGGUAUGACAAAGCAGAAAAAGUCCUUCAGCACGCUUUAGCCCAUGAACCUGUAAAUGAACUGUCAGCUCUUAUGGAGGAUGGACGCUCCCAAGUUCUUCUAGCAAAAGUUUACAGUAAAAUGGACAGGCCUGGCGAUGCAGUCACUUCAUUGCAGCAGGCUCGAGAGUUACAAUCUCGGGUACUAAAACGUGUUCAGAUGGAACAGCCAGAUGCAGUUCCUGCACAGAAACAUUUAGCAGCUGAAAUUUGUGCAGAGAUUGCAAAACAUUCUGUUGCUCAGCGAGACUAUGAAAAAGCAAUUAAGUUUUAUAGAGAGGCUCUGGUUCAUUGUGAAACAGAUAAUAAGACAAUGUUGGAACUGGCACGAUUGUAUCUAGCACAAGAUGACCCUGAUGCCUGCCUGCGGCACUGUGCACUGCUUCUGCAGAGUGACCAGGAUAAUGAACCUGCUACCAUGAUGAUGGCUGACCUCAUGUUCAGAAAACAGGACUAUGAACAAGCAGUGUUUCAUUUACAACAGCUGUUAGAACGCAAACCAGAUAAUUAUAUGACAUUAUCUCGUUUGAUUGAUCUCCUGAGAAGAUGUGGGAAACUUGAGGAUGUUCCAAGAUUUUUCUUAAUGGCUGAAAAACGUAACUCCAGAGCAAAAUUUGAGCCAGGAUUUCAGUACUGUAAAGGACUAUAUCUUUGGUACACUGGUGAACCAAAUGAUGCCCUUCGAAAUUUUAACAAAGCACGGAAAGACAGUGAUUGGGGCCAGAAUGCCCUGUAUAAUAUGAUAGAAAUCUGUCUGAAUCCAGAUAAUGAAACUAUUGGAGGUGAAGUAUUUGAAAACCUGGAUGGAGACCUGGGUAAUUCAAAUGAGAAGCAAGAAUCUUUACAAUUAGCAGUGAGAACAGCAGAAAAACUCCUUAAAGAAUUAAAACCUCAGACUGUUCAGGGUCACGUACAGCUUCGCAUAAUGGAAAACUAUUGUCUGAUGGCUACCAAACAGAAAUCUAAUGUGGAACAAGCACUAAAUACCUUCACCGAAAUAGCAACAUCUGAGAAGGAUCAUAUCCCAGCACUCUUGGGAAUGGCAACAGCUUACAUGAUCUUGAAACAGACUCCAAGAGCCAGGAAUCAGCUGAAGCGGAUUGCAAAAAUGAAUUGGAAUCCUAUUGAUGCUGAGGAGUUUGAGAAGAGUUGGCUGCUACUUGCCGAUAUUUAUAUUCAGUCAGCAAAAUAUGACAUGGCAGAAGAAUUAUUGAAACGGUGCCUGCGUCAUAAUAGAUCUUGCUGCAAAGCUUAUGAAUAUACAGGCUACAUUAUGGAAAAAGAGCAGUCCUAUACAGAUGCUGCCGUAAACUACGAGAUGGCAUGGAAGCAUGGCAGCCAGACAAAUCCAGCUGUUGGUUACAAACUAGCAUUUAAUUACCUAAAAGCAAAGAGAUACGUGGAGGCAAUUGACAUAUGUCACCAGGUUCUUGAAACACAUCCAACUUAUCCAAAAAUCAGAAAGGAUAUUCUUGAUAAGGCCCGCACAUCGUUAAGACCUUGAAAAUAAUAAUUUUGACUUAGUUUGUUGGUUAAGUGGGAAAUGAAAAGAAUGUGAGUUCUCCCAGUUCAAAAUAGGUUUGAGCUAAUGCUUUGUAAUAGAAGCAUACUGUUAUUUCUCCAGCAGGGGCUGCUGCUGUACAUCAGGAGAAGUGAGUUCUCAAAUAGCUGUUUUCCACUGGAGACGCUGAGCAAGAGCUGAUCUAUUUGAAUUUCUUUUGAUUAGGUCACAGUUUGGUGACCAUACUCAUUUCUACAAAGAGUAUUUUGUUAAAUCUAGGUGAUCAAAUAUCCUAUAACUUUUCUAAGGAAUAUUAGUGGUUCAUUUUAGGAAAUAUAUUUAAAAAGCACUGUUAUCUAUUAAAAUUUUUUAUUAUAUUGUGUGUUAUUUCAAAAGUUUCAGUAAAUCUGUUUGUAAAUAACUUAUGAAAAAGACAAUAUCUAUUUUAAUAAAUAUUUUAUAAAUUUAUGUUUUAUAUUCUUCUUAGAACUCAAAAGGCAUGGUAUGUUUGCAAAAUCAGGGUAAAUCCCCCAUGCGAUUUAUAAUGUUAAUAGGGAGUAUUGCAGAAAGUCUGACUUUCUUAGAAAACUUUUCUUUGAAAAAAUAUGGAGUGCAAAUUUACCUUUCAUUUUGUUGAAUUUAUUCUCUCUGUUCUUAAUGCCAGUGAGAUCUUAAGAAAUAAUCAGUAUCAAGAGCCAACUGGUGACAUGGUAGUUAAGGUGUCAGGAUCUCACAUGACCUACCACCUGGUUCUCCAAAACCCAGUGACUUGAGGAACAUGCCAGGUGCAUAUGCGUGCAUUCCUGGGAUCCCAAGAGGUGCUGGAAAAGAAGGGAUUGCAGCAUGGUUAUCCCUCUAUGGAGGAGGGGGGAGUGCUUUUUCACUUUUUCUCCCCCCUUGCUGGUCUGGCAAGCACAUGCACCUGAUAGCAAAUUUAAAAAGAUAAAAACAAAAGAAUCCAUAUCUGAAAUCAGUUUAUAAUCCGUUAGAGCAAUAUUUAGCUUUAGCCUGAGAGACUGUAUCUUUCAGUAUAAUUUCAGACACUAUUUAUCUAGUAGAAAAGUUGAUAAUAUUUUGGUCAACAGAGACUCACAAAGCAGACCAUGUAGAAGCAACUGCUUACCCAACUGCCUCACAGCACCCUGGCAUAGCAGUUCUUGCCUUUUACACCAAACUUAAUCUACUCUUGAUAAACAUAAUUCUUAGUAUUAUUUUCAAUUUCUUGUGUACAUCUUUUUCAAUUUUCUCUAAAAAUAUAAUAAACACAGUCUUCCAUUUUAUUUGUACAGGUAAUAAACACAGAGUAGUUUUUAAAGUCAUUUACUCCUUUUUUAAAGUGUCCUGUGCUUAUUUUGAGCAACAUUUUAUUGUUUCUGAUCACCGCUCUGAUUUUUCAAAGUCUUAAUUAUGUUAUAAAAUUCUAUUAAUUUCCCAUCUAUCUUUUUUUAUAUAGCACUUAAUGAAAAUGUCUAACAGUAAGCAUUAUGAAGCAUUUCAUAUCUGUCAAAACAUUUUCAUGUAUCUUAUUACAUUUGACCUUCAUAUCCCAUAAUACACAUGUUAUUAUCCCUGUUUUCCAGAUCUGGAACUAUGGAAAAUUAUCUUUCUCCCUAAUUCAGAAGAAAAAUAUCUUUUGGCCUACAUGACAUUGUUAGACAUUGUUAUGGAAUGGAUGUUUGUGCCCAUCCCCUCAAAAAUCAUAUGCUGGCAAUCUAAUCCUUAAUAUGAUGGUAUUAGGAAGUGAGCAUUUGGGAGGUAAUUAAAUCACGAGACUGGAGCCCUCCUGAAUGGGAUUAUUACCUUUAUAAAAGGGACCCCAAGAGAGGUUCUCUAUCUGCCUUGUACUAAUACAACAAUAAGUCAAUCAUCUGAAAUGGGAAGGGGCCCUCAGCAGAACUAACUAUGUGGGGACAUGAUCUCAGACUUCCGGCCUUCAGAACCGUGACAGAGAAAAUUCUGUUGUUGAUAAUCCAACCAGUUCUUGAUAUUUUGUUAUGGCUGCUGGAGCUCACUGAGGCAGAAAUGGAAUGCCUCAGUAGAUCCAAUGAA